GUCAGAGAAACACCCUCACUGCCAGCUUCGCCUUUCUCUAUCAUACCCCUCCGACUCUCGGCGCCUCUCUAAAGGCUUUCCCACCGCUCCAACGGCCGGCUAGCUGCUGGGCGGAGCCGCGUUGUUAUUCUUUCCUUUUUUUUUUUAUACACUAUUUUUUUUUUUUUUUUUUGCCCGAACUAACAUUUAAUUCUUUCGGAGUUGAUUCGGGAGUAAAGAAGCAAGCGAGAGAGAGAGAGGACAGGGGAGAGCCAUGGCCACAACAACCUGUACGCGAUUCACGGACGAAUACCAGCUGUACGAGGAGCUGGGGAAGGGUGCAUUUUCAGUGGUGCGCAGAUGUGUCAAGCUGUCAACAGGGCAGGAGUAUGCUGCCAAAAUAAUCAAUACCAAAAAGUUAUCUGCAAGAGAUCACCAGAAGCUGGAGCGAGAGGCUCGGAUCUGUCGCCUUCUGAAACAUCCCAACAUCGUUCGUCUUCAUGACAGUAUAUCAGAGGAGGGCUUCCACUACCUCCUUUUUGACUUGGUGACCGGAGGUGAACUGUUUGAGGACAUUGUUGCCAGAGAGUAUUACAGCGAGGCAGACGCCAGUCAUUGCAUCCAGCAGAUCCUGGAGGCGGUGCUUCACUGCCAUCAAAUGGGUGUGGUGCACCGGGACCUGAAGCCAGAAAACCUGCUCCUUGCAAGCAAGUGUAAGAAUGCUGCCGUGAAGCUUGCUGACUUUGGCCUGGCCAUUGAGGUGCAAGGGGAUCAGCAGGCCUGGUUUGGCUUUGCAGGAACACCGGGAUACCUGUCCCCUGAGGUAUUGAGGAAGGAGGCAUAUGGCAAACCUGUGGACAUCUGGGCCUGCGGGGUGAUCCUCUACAUCCUGCUGGUGGGUUACCCUCCUUUCUGGGAUGAGGACCAGCACAAGCUGUACCAACAGAUCAAGGCUGGGGCUUAUGAUUUUCCAUCCCCAGAGUGGGACACAGUCACUCCAGAGGCAAAAAACCUGAUCAACCAGAUGCUUACAAUCAAUCCAGCCAAGAGGAUCACUGCCCAGGAGGCCCUUAAGCACCCAUGGGUCUGCCAACGAUCCACAGUGGCAUCUAUGAUGCACAGACAGGAGACUGUGGAGUGCCUGAAGAAAUUCAAUGCCAGGAGGAAACUCAAGGGGGCGAUUCUUACGACCAUGCUGGUUUCUCGAAAUUUUUCAGUUGGCAGCAGGCAGACCACGGCUCCAGCCUCUGUGACCGCGGCUGCGGCAGCUGCGGCUGCAGCCGCCGGCACCACCGCAGGGCUGGUGGAACAAGCAAAGACCUUGCUCAACAAAAAGGCUGAUGUUAAGAAACGCAAGUCCAGCUCGACUGUGCAGUACAUGCCCCAGACAAACAGCACCAAAAACAGCAUAGUCACCAGUCCCAAAGGAAACAUCCCUUCACCUGCUCUGGAACCUCAGACAACUGUCAUCCAUAAUCCGGUGGACGGGACAAAGGAAUCAUCAGAUAGCAGCAACACCACUGUGGAAGAUGAGGAUGUGAAAGGAAAGAGCUUAGACAACAGCUCACUUAAGGCGCAGUCCAGCACAAGUUCCCAGCCUGAUAGCACUCAGGGCUCCUCAGCAGCUGUGCACUCUGCUGCGAAGUUCGCUGACCUGCUGGGCUCUGUGCGUAGGGGCUCAGGGCCCAUUACCGACGGAGAAGGUAGAUCCAGCACUCCGCCUCCCGCUGCCCUCUCUGCCCCCUCCCCUCCACACACCCCCGCUGUCCCAAUGCAGAUGUCUCGGCUCACAGACUUGGUUAGCAGUGUUCGCAGGGCGCCGCCGCCCGCUGCACCUGAAGGCGACAUGGCUCCCAGCACCAAGCCAGCCCCUCCACCUUCACACACCACUCCUCCACCUCCCCCUCACCACCCCUCCAGUCCUUCCUUAUCAUCCUCCCAGACACGCAAACAAGAAAUCAUCAAGAUCACUGAACAGCUGAUUGAGGCCAUCAACAAUGGAGACUUUGAUGCAUACGCUAAGAUCUGCGAUCCUGGACUUACUUCGUUUGAACCCGAGGCUUUGGGAAACCUAGUGGAGGGGAUGGAUUUCCACAGAUUCUACUUUGAGAAUCUUUUGGCUAAGAACAACAAGCCCAUCCAUACUACCAUCCUGAACCCCCACGUCCACCUGAUAGGGGAGGACGCCGCCUGCAUCGCGUAUAUCCGGUUGACUCAGUUUGUUGACAACCAGGGCCGGCCGCGCUCCAGCCAGUCGGAGGAGACUCGUGUCUGGCAUCGUAGAGACAGCAAGUGGCAGAACAUCCACUUCCACUGCUCAGGCGCGCCAGCUGCGCCUCUCCAGUGAGUUGUGUCUGUCAGGAACGGUCUGCUAGAGAGAGGAGGAGGAGGAAGGGAUGAAGGAACACAUCCAGUGUUGAUUUGGAGGACAUGGCUCAUCACGCCUCAACAAAACAAUCCCUCUCUCACUGGACUCCAUCCCCCAGCAUGCACCUCUACUUCAACAUCUAUGACCCCGCCUCUGUCAGCAUCCACAAAGUGAGCCUCUGACAUCAUCCGACACCGGCUUCACAUCGCUCAGCAUCUCUACUCCUCUAGCCUUCCUCGUCUUCAUCUUCCUCUCUCCGGCUCACUGGGUGUUUGAUUCGGUGUGACUCCUCUUUCGUGUGGUUUCUUUCCCACUCCCACAAUAUUUUUUGUGACACCAUCCCUCUUGUCCUCCUUUGAAUCUUCACCUGUGUGACAUAAACACUGCACUGGAAAUACAGUAUGUAAAGUUUUAAGUCAAAUCUAUAAUUAUCAUUACUAUAUUAUGAUUAUUAUUGUUACACAUUUGCAACUGUAUAUGUAAUUUGUAUAACUCAGAUUUCUUGAUGCCAGUGGUUUUUAGAGUUAAAGGACUUUUUCUUUUGUUUUAUCUUUUUAAGUAAGCAUGUUUUAUCUCCCAUAAUAACAGUGGCUGUUUUUGUUUUACUGUGGCUGUUCUGUUGAAAAGGGUUAUUGG